UGAGGUCAUAGAAAGUGGGUGUGGCCAGGAGAGCAGCUAUGCUGAGCAGAAGGCAAUUUCUGCUACUCCAGCUCCUGUACUCUUUUACAAAUCUUCCUGAGCUGAUCCUGAGUAGUCCUCGGCUUGUGACAGGUGAACACAGGUCUUCCUCCACUGGGCAUCCUUCCACCCCACUCAUCCCCAGCAGCAGUGAGUGCUGCAGAAGUGACCAUGGCUCAGUGCUAUUCCUUUCAGGCAGAAGAUCCCAGGUUCAAUAUCUGCAUCUCCUGUGAAAAGGGUCUGGAGCAGGAGAUGAUGGGGAAGACCUUCCAGCUGAGAUGCUGGAGAGCUGCUGCCAGUUGGGGUAGACAAUAUGGAUCUAGGUUUAAGGCUGCUUCCUAGACCUUGCCUUAUGAACCCUGGAAUGUUUCAUCUGGCUGUGUGAAGGGUCUCUCCACAGUAUAAUUUCGACCCUGGGCAUUUCCACGCUACUCGUUUUAAACUGCUUUAAUUGGAAGCCAUAACAGGGAGUCCUUGGAUUCUGAUCUAGAAAUGUGUCAACAAUCUUGCAUUAUUUUUAUAUGGCUAGAGAUGGUUCCAGCCCUGAACCAACCGAGUUAAGGCCCUUUGAAACUACUUUACAUGUUAUACUUGUUGAAGUGAUAUAGUUACUGCCAAAAUUCCCCAUUACCACAGUAGCUUCCAAAUAGGUUCUCGGUGGAGAUUAUCGUCCCAAUAAGGUUCUGAUGAUGUUGGAUUGCUGAGGCCUCUUUCCUUCUCCACGUUCAUCUUGCAGCACAGAUUGUCGCAGGAAACAUUUGCUCCUUUUUAACUUCCGCUCUUGCCCAAGCAAAGUAAAGGGCUGCGUGGGGCAACUGUUCGCGAGGCCAAAAGGAGUUCUCUGUGGGUUGUGUGUGGCCUAAAUCAGGGCUACGGCAAAGCAUUAGCGUUGUGUGGCUGGCUGGAAGAGAAAUAUUCAUUGCUGCUGCAAUGCAAGGGCAUGACUGUUCGUGGAACAGGAAAUUAGUAGCAAAUGUUUCCUGGAAAACAGAUUUUUUUGUGUGUGCUUGCGUUUGUAAUGAGGUCAAUGGACUAAGCACAGGAAUGCUAAAAGCGCCCACUGAUGGGAGGUGCUUUUGGGGCCCACAGCUCGUGCAGGAAACCCAGGGAAUGCCACCAAGACGGAUUUGUCCCAACAUCAGCCGCUCUGGUUUGAUUAUCCCGACACGGAUGAGAAGAAGAUCCUUGCCGUUUACAAGCUCAUUGGAGAGCAGCCUGAGUAUAUUCCCCCAAGUGAGUCCCCCUGCCACUCCUGUCUCUUGACCCUCUCUCAAAUGCUCCCUCCCCAAUAGCACCUGCAGGGGAGGGGGCUGAGCACAGCCUUUGCAGGCACCAGGUCCCAGCAGGUUUAAUCCCUGGCAUCUCCAGCUGAGAGCUGGGAAAGACCCAGGGUGCCAAUGAUGGCCUGAGUUGACCAUAUUAGGCUAGGUGGACUAAUGGCCUGAUUCCCCCUGCUCUAUGCCUAACCUCUGCUCUCCUCCCUUUCCAGAAUGAUUCAGGGCUGCUUUGGGCUUCCUCCUCCUUGCCCUGUGCUCUAGCCUUGCCCUAUUUCCCCGUGACAAACCAACCCUCCUCUUCUCUGCCCCCUACAGGUUCAUUCCCUCACCAGCUGCGUUAUAUCCUAGUGGGAUCCAUUAUACUCAUCCUGCUGUUCUUCCUCUAUCAGAUCAUAUCUAAAGUGUACGUGUCAUUUUGGUCGGUGUAUGUUAUGCUGCAAGUAUUCUCCCUGCCUCCUUAUUGCCUUUGGAUGUCAUUAUUUACUCCCACCUCCACGGAUGGAAUGACACCCCCUCCCCUUCUUCUUCCGCAAUUUCAUUCAGGAUCUUCAAGAAGUCAAAUGCAGGAUAAACAUCCAGGUGAUCAGCAGAUAUGGCUCUGUAGCCAGCCAACCACUCUUUGUCAUUUCCUCUGUUCAAUAAAAGGCUAUUGAAUGAG